UUCACUACGUUGUGUAAUUGUUGACCUUCUUGCUUUUGGUAUAUAGUUUCUGUCUGUUUUCUGGUAACUUUUGACGCGUUACCAUGUAUAAAUUAGUCAAAACCCCAAAUUUAAAUAAUUAUUUAAAAGCAUCAAAACAAGUUUUUGGUGCUGUUAGUGGAGAAGUUAUCGAACCAUUUUCUGUACCAGAGAAAAAAGGCAAGGUACCAGAUGCGCCGCUUAAAUUGACCGAGUAUAGUUUAGCCAAUAAUGCGCCGAAAGGACAAUUAUUGGCUCAAGCCGCUGGAUUUAAUGGUGUUGCUCAAGUGCGUCUUGCUCAUACUGAUGUCCAAUAUCCAGAUUUUGAUUUUUAUCGAAGGAAAGAACUUAAAGAUCCUUCUGCCAAUUCUCGAUCCACUGAAGAAUACCGAAAAGGUGUAAGCUAUGCAAUCAUGGCUGCUGGUGGUUUGGGUGCUGCUUAUGCUGCGAAAAACUCUGUAACCAAGUUAAUAGCCACAAUGGGUGCUGCUGCUGAUGUCUUGGCCUUAGCCAAGAUUGAAGUGAAUCUUUCUGAAAUCCCAGAAGGCAGGAAUAUGACCUUUAAAUGGAGAGGAAAGCCACUUUUCGUUCGUCACCGCAGCCAGGAAGAGAUCCAAAAGGAACGAAAUGUUGACAUAUCAUCUCUAAGAGAUCCACAACCUGAUGAAGACAGGGCCACGAAACCAGAAUGGCUUGUACUUAUUGGUGUUUGCACUCAUCUUGGAUGUGUACCUAUUCCUGGAGUUGGUGAUUAUGGUGGAUAUUUCUGUCCAUGCCAUGGUUCUCAUUAUGAUGCAUCAGGGCGUAUUAGGAAAGGCCCUGCCCCUCUUAACUUGGAAGUCCCCCCAUAUGAAUACACUUCUGAUACCACAUUAAUUGUAGGUUAAAUUAAAUAAAGCAUAAAAAAGGAUGCAAAUAAUAUUUAUUGGCAAAAUUAUUUACAUUAGCUAAUGAAAGACUUCAAAUAGUGUACAGUUAAACAAUAAAUUCUGAUUUGGAA